AGGAAACACGUGUGCGCGUGCAGGUGUAGUGGGAAAGUCGCGCGCGGAGCCAUUCGCGCGUUUUAAACUACCAUCUCCUCACAAACACAUUUGUUGACAAAUUUAUCUGCUGUUCUUUAGCUAUUCAGUCGCCUGAGCUAUCCCCGGCGCCUGUCUCUGUGUCGCCGUGUUUGUAAACUCUUAUACAAGUUAGUUGUCAUUUAUUGAAAUGAAGAGGAGGCUCCGCAGAGGACACAGCAGAGACCUGCUCUCCUCACACGACCUACACUGCAGCACAAUGAAGCACACACAGAAGAGGUGCCUCACUCCCACAUCAGUGACUGCCCGGUGCAACGGCUCUCACGUUCUCCAAACCAGAAGCCGAAACAUCCUGGGUCCGUCUGGGAAGAACCAGCCGAGACGGCAGAAUGAUGUGUGUGGUGUCAGAAUGGCCGUUCCUCCAACUAUUGUCAUCCACCGGCAGGAAAUGGCCUCAUAUUUUGGACUUUUUGUCGAUGACCUCAUUCAAGAUUUCCUGAGGAUGGACUGUUGCUGUAAAAUGACAGACAAGUACCUCCUUGCCAUGACCUUUGUGUACUUCAAAAGAGCCUGCUUCUCUCUUGCUGAAUACACCAGGGAGAAUUUUUUCACUGCACUGUAUCUUGCCAACACCAUGGAGGAGGAUGAGGAGGAGAUUAGGUAUGAGAUUUUUCCAUGGGCACUGGGCAAGAACUGGAGGAAGCGGUUUCCCCACUUCCUCAAGCAGCGGGACAAGCUGUGGGUUCGCAUUGAGUUCAGAGCUGCUGUCAGCAGGCGCUGCUGUGAAGAGGUGAUGGCCAUUGUGCCCUCUCACUUUGUGUGGCAGCGGGAGAGGUCAGAGCUCCACAGUGGUGCCCAGCGACAGUAUAGUGGUGGUGGCAGCAGCAUGUGUUUUCCCCGCGGGCCCUCUGCCUCCCCAGUCUCCUGUGUACUUUGUAACCGCAUUACCAGGUUAGAUCAGAACCUGGGCUCCUAUUCUGCUCCACCGACUGCAGACAGCACCUAUCCACACCCAUUCACCUUCUCACUGCCUUUGGAGAAAACUCCAGUCAGAGCCACAGCGUCUUGCAGGAAGGUGACAGAGACCAAGAGCCACAAGCAGCAUUCGUCGUGCUGUGCCAGUAGGUAUCAUUAAUACUGAUGUUAGGGC